AUGGGAAGCCCGCCAGAAGCGCUUAAAGCCGCUGCGAAAAAUGGAGGGAUCAUAACCAGCAGCAACAACAUGAACUCAAAAGUCAACAAAAAGUUUGAACAGCUGCCGCAAAACUUGCAGUAUCGGGGACAGACGCCUAGCGGCAAACCGCGGCUGUUCGUAUGCGAGGUGUGUACGCGGGCGUUCGCACGGCACGAACACCUCAUCCGACACGAGCGCCAGCACACCAAAGAGAAACCGUACCACUGCGGGGUGUGCGAGCGAAAGUACGGGCGCCGCGACCUAUUGUUGCGGCACGUGAUCAAGAUGCACGGCGGCAAUUGCGGGGACACGGUGAUGCCGCUGGGCAGAAAGCGUAAGAACGCGGCCCUGACAAGCACUUCAGCGGGUCUCGGCCCGGCGAAUGCUGACGCGGGAAGUGAUCAGGCGAGGAAGAAGCAGCAUGCAUUUCAGAGGAGGGCCUCGUUCUCGGCUCAGUCUGCGGAGAAAUACGCUGGCACACAGUCGCCUCACAAGGAUGGGGCAGAUAUGGGGAGGGUUGCGUUCUCAACGCCUCAGCUAAUGCCAGUUGACCUCACUACGGCAGAGGAGGCCCCCAAGAAACGGGCGCCGGGCAUUUUAGAAGGUACGACAUUCAAUCUCUUGGACCGCGAGAGCUGGAUUAGCGAAAUGAACGCGCUGCCGAUGCUCGAAGAGUCUAGUGACUCAGGGGACUCUCCCAUAGCCGUGAGUGGUAUUGUGAGCAGAAGCAGCGACUGGAGUAGAAAAAGUAGCCAUGGAAGUCCCAGCGCAGUGACCCCAGCCAUGGCUCCCCGGCGCAGGACUAGCAGCGGCGAGAGUAGAAGUAGUGGAGACCUUGCUACUGGAGCCAGAACACCCGUAAAUGAGCUGGGAACAAAACGUAAGGCACCAGCGUGGAAAUUUGAAGGAAGCAGCCUAAUCGUGAAAUCACUAUUUGAUUCAGGACCUUCAAAAAGUUGGAACCCCCUCGAUGCAGACACCCGUGUUUUUUCGCUUUUCGGUGAAAACUGUAUAUCCUCUCUUAAACAACCCGCAGGCGAUAAUACGCAUGACCUCAUCUCAAGGUUCAAUGAUUUUAGAUUUGUUCCAAAGUCUAAUUUAGAUACCUAUGCCCUCCAAUCUUCAGCUAAGUGGGAUAAAAGCGAAGCUGUUCCAAAUCUCUCUUCACUUGAUCCAGAAAGCAUCUUGAAGGCUUCGCAACUCCAUGAAACAUCAAUAAAACAAGAACCUUUAGAAAAUUUUGAUCUCUCGAACAACUUGGACUCCCGCUCCGGCAAAUUUUUUGGCGACGAAUCGAGCUUUAACGGCUUAGAACACCCACCUUUGUCUAAUGUUACCAGAGGGCCUCCCCCAAUUUCAGCAGGUAGCUCAGUUGGCGCGUGUCACUUUUUUACGGAGGAAAUCAGGGAAAUGUGCAUAAAGACUUUAAACUUCUAUUUUGAAAAUUGUUCGGGACUAACAGCGCCUGAAUACAAGAAGAAAAGCGGCCUAGGUUUUCCGAGCUGUCAGGAGCUUAACACUUUUGCUGGCUACUUUCAGGACUCUUUUCUUGUGCACUACCCUUUCAUUCAUCCCCACCUUUUGUCAUUGGGGCUUCAAGACUUCAAAAAAUAUAUCCAUGAAGGUUCCUUAGAGCAUGAACAGGACGAUGAAGCACUCGUUUGUUCAAACAUUGUUUGUUUGCCUUUGUUUAUCGCGACAAUUGGCUCUCUAUAUAAACAUGGUGCUCGAGCUCAGACCUUGGACCUCUACGAAAAAAGUCGUAGAGCCUUGCAUGUUUACUUGAAUACUAGAAAAAAGCAAGAUGAGCAAAGCUUAGACAAACCUAAGUCCAGGGGUUGCUUGUGGCUUAUUCAGUCAUUAUGCCUGAGUGUGGUAUUCGCUUUGUUUGCAGAUUCUUUGGAGCGAAUGAACUCUGAAAUGGUGGUCAAGCAGGUCUCAGCUCUUUGCUCGUUAUUGAAGUCGAGCUUGCUUCCCACUGCCUCUACACCCAUUUUAGAAUUUGAUUCGCCGUCGAAAUACAUUUUUUAUGAAUCAGCAAUAAGAACAGUUUUAAUGGGAUACAAGGUUUGCCAAUUUUUGAAGGUGUUUUGCAAUAUCGACGCUCCAUUAUUCCUGACCGAAUCCCAGCUUAAUGAGACUGUGGUUCCAGACAGUGAGCAGGUUUGGCAAUGUGCACUGUUUCAAGAUGCGCCGAAAAAGUUUCAGAAACAGUACACUACAAAUUUUGAAAAGUUCUACAGGAGCUUUGCUUUUAGCAGUGUUGGAAUGCACUUAAUACCUGAGUUUCUGUGCAGUGCAAUGCUUUUUUAUGAGUUCAAUAACUUGCUAAAGAACAGAUCGUCGGUGCUAUUUCAAAUAUUUUUGACAAAAAUUGACACUAAGAAGUUGGAGAUGAAUUUGCCUCAGCUUGACCCUGAAAAUCGCACUUCGUCAAUUUUAAUGGAUAGCGCAAUAGACAUGAGGAACUCUUUAACCUGCAUGAUAUUCUUUUGCAGAGUGGAUCCGUUGUUUUCUCAAAAAGCUUGGAAUAACGCCAUUUUAGAGCUUUAUGAUAGCUUUCUGACAUCAAAAAAAACUAACGUUUUAACAAAUGGAUCAUAUGGAGCUAUCACUGACUUCCUUGUUGCGCUCAACUUUUCUAUCAAGAACAUUUCCAACUUAUUCAAAAGUGCUGACGAUGUCAUCGAAUUCAAUCGUUCAAAGCUUUCGGUUCUUAACCUGGAAGGGUAUUAUUACAACUUUCUGGUAAUAAUCAAAUUUAUUCUGGAUUUUGAGGCAACCCCUAAUUUCAAACUACUUUGCAUUUACAAUGAGCUGAAAAAGUUGGCCAACCAGCUUUUGAUUCCAAAGCUGGCAUCUGUAUACCCCUUGGAAUUUCGGAGAUUCAGAUUGAAUAGCACUUGGCCGGCUGAAAAGAAUACGUCUGCGGCAAUUAAUAUGGAUCACCUUGAGAAACUCAUUAACAAUGUGCUUGUCUACUCUUUCAAUGAUGCUAACUUUCUCAAAAUGCCAGAAAAGCCCCAAAAAGAAUUUUCUUUUAGUAGCGUGAGAGCUCCUAAUGCACUUUCGCAGAACGGACAGGGUGCACAUGACGUUUCAAGUUCCCUGCCAACCAACUCGAUUCCAAGGCAAUCGAAUAUCGGGCAAGAGAGAAAGUCAGAGGGCUUCGCAGACCGCUAUCACCUCUCUGAGAAAUAUGUUAUUGUUGCUAGGUGCUUUUUUUUUUAUGUUUUCGAGAAAUACGCACAUGCGCAUUUUUUGGAAAAGCUGUCGCUUGACUUUCUAGCACUUGAAAGACAACUUGACCAAGGCUCUACCACAGACGAAGGAUUAUGA